AAGGGUUAUGCCUCCAAAACCAUCGCAGUUAUGAGAUCUUGCAUAGCACAAAUUGCCAAGAUCAGAGACAAUCGCUCCGUCUCUGAUGACUUUAUGGCCAAGCGUUCAAAGAAGUCAAAAGACGCCGUCUUCAUUGACUCUUCCGGUCUCCCCCUUGUCGACAAGGAUUUCUCGUCUAUCACUUUAUCGUUCCUGGAUAAAGCCGGAGUAGAUACCAAUGUUUAUAAAGCUCAUUCAACUCGAGCGGCAAUGGCCUCAUGGUUAUUGUUAAACGGUAUUUCCCUUCAUAGAGUGAAGAAAUUAGGUCGCUGGAGAUCAAACGCUGCGCUGGAGAAGUACUAUGAUAUGGAAAUUAUAGAUCAAGAUUCAAAAAGGUCUAAAGAUUUUGUGUCAAAUUCUUUGACAACACGUUUGGCUAUCGAUACAGCUGCCACACGUCUCGGUUGCGCUGCACAACCUUAA